ACAUUAUUAAUUUACUUUGGCUCGUGUAAACCAACAUCGAAUAUAAAAUGAAACACACCUUGUGGAUUUGUUUAUGUUUAUUUGUGCCUGUUUUCACCGCGGAGUAUCCGCAAGUAAAAAUCAGUGAUGGUGUCUUGAACGGAGGUUUCUUGACCACGAGGAAUAGCAGAAAAUUCAGCGGGUUUCAGGGAAUUCCAUUCGCAAAACCGCCAGUUGGACAACUAAGAUUUCGGGCUCCAGAGCCUAAUGAACCAUGGUCAGAUGAAAGAAAUGCAACUGCAGUUCAUCCAGAAUGUCCCCAACGAGACGUUUACCGAAGAUCUCCCAUUAUUUCAGGAGAGGAAGACUGCCUAUACUUGAACGUAUACACCCCGAAGUUAAAUGAUUUCGAAACCGAUUUGCUUCCCGUUAUGAUUUGGUUCCACGGUGGAGGAUUGCUAUGUGGAGGCGGAAAUUCGUACUGGUACGGUCCUGAUAUACUCUUAGAUCGUGAUGUUGUUCUUGUUACGACAAAUUACAGAUUAGGUCCACUGGGAUUUUUGGCUACUGGAGAUGAUAUAGUGCCAGGUAACAACGGGUUAAAAGACCAAAACAUGGCUAUAAAAUGGGUCAACAAAAACAUACGAAAAUUCGGGGGUGAUCCGAAAAAAAUCACACUAUUUGGAGAAUCCGCUGGUGGAGUUAGCUCAAAUUAUCACAUGAUUUCUCCAUUAAGUAAAGGAUUAUUUAACAAUGCUAUACUGCAGAGUGGGACGACUCUCUGUGGUUGGGCUUUGAGCGAAAACGAUGAAACUAUCAAAAAUACUCACAAACUAGCCAAAGCUCUCAACUGCCCAACUGAAUCUAGCCAAGAUAUGGUAGAAUGUUUAAGAAAAGUGGACGCUCGAACAUUUGUUGAGCUUGAUGAAAUAUUUAAAUUCUGGGACUACGAUCCUAUGAUUCCGUUCAAGCCGGUAAUCGAACCGAAAUCGACGAAAAAUCCAUUCCUUCCUGAUCACCCCUUAAAUAUAAUCAAAUCCGGAAAAAGCAUGGACGUUCCUAUUAUAAUAGGAGUUACAUCUGAUGAUGGUGGUCUUAAAACAUCAGGUUACAAGAACGCAAAUCUCCUGGAAGAAUUCGCUGAAAAAUUUGACGAAAUUGUUCCGGUAUCCUUGUUCUACGAUCGCACUGAAAAGGACUACCAAAAAAUGACGAACAAAAUUAAAAACUUCUAUUUCAGUGGUAAAAAAAUUCAGGAUUCGAUCAAGGACGUCACUGAUUUGUAUACUGAUGGUUGGUUCUUUAAAUGCUCUGAUGAUAUAGCGAGAUUGUACACAAAAUACUACAAGCAGCCCGUAUAUUUCUAUGUGUUUGGGUACAAGGGCAGCUCGAGUUUCUCAAAAAUAUUCGGAGGUGGCAAUGAACAUUAUGGAACAAUUCAUGCGGAUGAUUUGCAGUAUCUGUUCCCUGUGGGUGAUGGCCUGUUCCCUGAUGUACCCCCCACGGAAAGUGAUAAAAGAAUAGCUAAAGUAUUUACCACACUCUGGACUAAUUUCGCUAAAACAGGAAAUCCUACACCGAAAACUUCCAAACUGAUUCCGAAUAAGUGGUUACCAUACUCUCUAGCAAAUGAAGAAUAUUUCCAAAUCGAUAACGAUGUAUUGGAAAUGCGGAAUCACGUGUUUAAGGAAAGAGCUGAAUUUUGGAGGUCGUUGAAUGAUCCACUUCUCGAAACUAGCAAUGAAAUCAAAGAAGAAUUGUAAAUUUUGUCAUAUUAAAUAAUAAAUCUUUUAUAUUUUCGUAAAAGGCAAUAAUUAAUUAUUGUGUAAGAAAUAUAUUGGAUUGGGGCAUCAAAUUAGUGUCAAUUUU